AUGCUUGAUGGCAUUGCACCUAUAGAUUGGAUAGAAAAAUUCAAAGCUAAGAUUAACACCAAUAUGCCAGCUCAUGCUGAGAGUUUACUCACUUUAGCUCUAUCUAUUCAAAAAUCUGAUUUUA